AUGGCUCGUGCAAAGAUGUCGUUCGUGCUGGCCGCAGCGGCUGCGGUGGCGCUUUGCCGCAGCGCGGCCUUUGUGGCUGCCCCCAAGGAGGUGCCUCGCGCAGAGGUCCUGGUGCCAGCAGCUCUGGCGCCCAUGAUGAUUCUCGAGCCAGCCUGCGCCCAAAGGAUGGAAGGUGACUUCAAAGCUCCGCAGUACAACGAAGCAGAGCCGACGUCCGACUUAAGCUACCUGCUCUUCUUCACUGCCGCACUACUCGUCUAUGUGGGCAAGACUGCUUUCGAUAAGACUGGAGCCAAGAGCCUGGGUGACGCGGUGAACAAGUGA